AUGCUCCGCACACUCGCCCGUCUGCCACGCACGGGACCGCAGCCGCUGCUGCGCCGCGGCAUCAGCCGCAGCGCCGCCCGCGCCGCCGCUCGCCCGAGCAAGACGCACCUGCCCGGCCACCCCGAGUCGCCGUACGUCGCGCGCCUCGACGCCGCCUUCCUCGACGGCCGGCCGGCGGGCAUCCCCACGUAUCGCCUCACCGACGGCCAUGGCACGCUGCUCGAGGGGGUUGAUGAGGCGUCGCUCAACCUCGGGCAGGAGGAGGCCGUGGCCAUGUACCGCACCAUGCAGCUGCUGCCCGCCCUCGACCUCAUCCUCUACGCCUCGCAGCGGCAGGGCCGCGUCAGCUUCUGGAUGACGAGCUCGGGCGAGGAGGCGGCCAUCGUCGGCUCGGCCGCCGGCCUGCGUGCCACGGACGAGGUCUUUGCGCAGUACCGCGAGCUCGGCGUGCUGCUCUGGCGCGGCUAUGGGCUGGACGAAGUCAUGAACCAGGUGUUCGGUACCGCCGUCGACCACGGCAAGGCGCGCCAGAUGCCCGUGCACUUCGGCUCCACGAAGCACCACUUCCACACCAUCUCCUCGCCCCUGGCCACGCAGAUCCCGCAGGCCGCCGGCGCUGCUUACGCGCUCAAGCGCAGUCCGGGCCGCGAGGAGGAUGUGGCGGUGUGCUACUUUGGCGAGGGCGCGGCGUCCGAAGGCGACGCACACGCAGGCAUGAACAUUGCUGCCACGCUCAGAUGUCCGGUGCUCUUCAUCGUGCGCAACAACGGCUUCGCCAUCUCUACGCCCUCUGCAGAGCAGUACUGCGGCGACGGCAUCGCGUCGCGAGGGCCUGGCUACGGCAUCCCGACGAUCCGCGUCGAUGGCAACGAUGCGCUUGCGGUUCGCUCUGCCGUGCAGACGGCGCGCGCCCGUGCCAUCGCAGAGCACCGGCCAAUGCUCAUCGAGUGCAUGACGUACCGCGUGGGGCACCACUCGACGUCGGACGACUCGUCGGCGUACCGCUCCGCCUCGGACGUGGACCGGCGGCGCUCGGCCGACAACCCGCUGCACCGCAUGGCCGAGUACCUCAAGGCGCGCGGCUGGUGGAACGACAAGCAGGAGGAGGAGAUCAAGAAGAGCUACCGCCGCGACAUCGUCGCCGCCAUGUCAAAGGCCGAGAAGCUCAAGCGCCCGAGCCUCAGCAGCAUGUUCGACGACACGUACGUCGACAUGCCGGAGAAUCUCAAGGACCAACGGGCCGAGCUGGCGCGUCUCGUCGAGCUGUACGGCGAGACGGACGAGUGGAAGAAGGAGCUGCAGAAGCACGAGUUCGAGGGCAAGGACCUGGCAGAGCACCGUCGGCGGUGA